CAGCUGAGUGUUCGUUGUGAGUUGUUGUUACCACAACUAUGGCACGUACCAAGCAAACGGCUCGCAAGUCCACUGGUGGCAAGGCGCCCCGCAAGCAGCUUGCUACAAAGGCAGCUCGCAAGUCUGCUCCAGCCACUGGAGGUGUCAAGAAACCCCACCGUUACAGGCCUGGAACCGUUGCUCUCCGUGAGAUCCGCCGUUAUCAGAAGAGCACUGAGCUGCUUAUCAGGAAACUGCCUUUCCAGCGCCUGGUGCGUGAAAUUGCUCAGGAUUUCAAGACUGACCUCCGCUUCCAGUCCUCUGCUGUCAUGGCUCUCCAGGAAGCUUCCGAGGCUUACCUCGUGGGUCUGUUUGAGGAUACCAACCUGUGCGCCAUACAUGCCAAGCGCAUGACUAUCAUGCCAAAGGACAUCCAACUGGCUCGUCGCAUCCGUGGCGAGCGUGCCUAA